GAGCUAUGGACGCACUGAGGCCAUACUUUGGGGCGGCAAACGGAUUCACUGGCAUGCUGGUAAGCGAUUCGGAGAGAAUACCUGAAGGAUAUAUCUCCUCCGAUGGCAAUGACAUUGGACCCAAGGUGGAGGACGGUAAGUGGAGAGACUACUUGGCCUCACAAACCAUGUUGAAGAUAUUUUGUCUGUGGCUGCUGUUAUGGCUCCUCGCGAUGAUCGUCUCUGGGAUAAUCUAUGCCCUUUGCUGUUCUAAAUGCAGGAGUUUCAAUAUGGCCAGCUCGGGAAAGCGCUAUUGCCUGGGUUCCCUCCUCGGCCUCCUCGCUCUGGCCAUGGUUGUACUUCUUUUACUGGCUAUCCUUGCCACCAUCCAGUUGGACAAUGCCCUUGAGGCGUUUCCCAGAAAAAGUACUUGCCACAAAGGUACCUUAAGCAAGGCGGCAAAUGAUGAUGGUGACAUGGUGGACACUGUCUCGUCUCCCUUGCGGAAGCUUUACGUGAGCAAAUACGAGGAUCUGUUAAAAAAGGUGGAGGAUACUCUGGAGAACGAGCCUCGGGUCGCUCAGUCCUUUGGAGCAGUGGAGGACCUGGCACACACCAUUCAGAGGUUGGGUAAGGGAUUUAAAAACCUGCCCAGGAUUCAAUCACUUCUGGACGAAUUUAAAAAGGACUUGCCCAAGGCCAGACGCUUGGCCACUCAGUUGCGGGACGGAUUGCGUGGUGUCAAGCGGAAGCUAAUGGUUCAUCUGAUCUCGGAGUGUAAAAACAGGCAGUGUCAGGACUAUUAUCGCCAGAAUGAGAUUAGAAUACUGGACCUUGGUUGCCUGCAUUAUGACAGUCUCCCCGACACUGAGGACUUUAUGAAAGGCAUUGAGGAGCUAUCGAAGAGUAAUUUUUCCACGUAUCCUGAAGCGGCAGCCAAGCAAUUGCGUAGCCUUUCCAGUUCCAUCAAGGAUUACUUGAACGGCUUGCUCAACGUAGUCCGCGAGGAUUUGGAAAAGGGAGCUAAGACUCUUCAAGAGAAGCAUGAUGCCUCCUUGGAAUUGCUCCGGGAAGUGAUGCAGAAUAAGAAAAGCGAUCUGGAACCGAAAAAGACGCAAAAUGGGACAUCCUCGCCCCCACCGAUACAGGUCCUGCGCCGCAAGCUCGACUCCUCCUGGUACAUCACUUCGCUGAUCAUCCUUUGCGUCUUGAUGGUGGUGCCCGUCCUGCUUCUCAUCAGCCUGCUGGUCAUCUUCUGCAGCAUCCGAGCGGCCACCUGGUUCCUAUGCCUCACCACGGUCGCCAUCUUUGCCCUCUUUUGGUUAAUCAUAAUACCUUUGCUGUUUUAUCUGAUACAUGGAGCCCUUUUACAUCACGCCUUCUGUUCUGGAGGCUCGGGUUCGGGAUCGUCCAAAGGUUCAAACAGUUCUCGUUCGGAAACGGAUAUCCGGAAUAUUCUGCGGCAGUGCGUUAACAAUGAUACCCUCUACUAUGUCUUGGGUCUGAAGGAUCAUUACAGCUUGGAUGACUUUCGUAGUGACUUGCUGGAAGAGAUAAAUAAGGACCUUACAAGUCUUGAGGGCGCUUCAAUGCGGAGAGACCUUAAAGCCAUUCACCCGCAGGCCGACGAGGAGGCCCAGAAGCUCCUCAAGAGCAACCUUUCCAGCUACGACAGCUCCUUGUUCACCCAGCACAUUUGCAAGCAACUGGUUCCUGAACCCAAGCCAGGACCUUUGCCGGAGGUGAUCCGGAACCUAGAAAGUCUUGCUGGAAGUGUAGAUUCGGGGUCCAUUCUGCGAAACCAGGCCAUCCAUCUGCGGGCUUUCCUUAAAAACUUGGCGGAACCCUUGCUCAGCAUCCUGGAGAGGAUGCUGCAAGCCCUCAAGGAUGUGGACAAAGUGCUAACAGCUGGUUCUGGCAGCUUCAAGAAAAAUAUUGGCCACGUAUUGGCGAAGAUCAAGGAGGGCGAUGAGUACCUCGGUCAGGAUAUGAAAAAAUUCAGUCGCAAUAUCAACGGAGUUGUGGAAAGUAGCCUGGAUGAUUACGUUCGCUCGGUGGAUGAGGCUACUAAGGAUGCCGAGGAGAGCUGUCAGCCCCGGGCCCACAGAGAAUCGGAAGCUAAGAAGGAUAACUCGGAUCUAUGCAAUCGGAUUGUUAAACCCAUCAAUGGAAUCUGGUUCGCGCUGUUCCUGUUCGCUUGUCUUCUGCUCCCCGCCCUGUGCUGCACCCACUACUUGCGAUGUGGCCUGAGGGGCCUGGAUUUCCGCUCCGCCACCACGCUAGUGUCCAUGGGAGAUGAUAACUUUGUGGCUCCCUCCAUGCUUCCUGUGUCCCUGCCCCACUGCUACUGCUACAAGUACUUGCCCGCGUCUCCGGAAUCGAAUGUGGACGACAUCUACGGCGAUUUGCCCAAACACAAGACGGAGUAGAAUAAGUUUUAUAUAUUUUAGAUUUUUGGGAAUAACAAGAAAAAAUAAAUAAAACGGAAUGAA